CUUAUACUCGAAUAAAUAGACUAAGAAAGAAAAUUGGAAGCAAUUUCGAUCGGAGUACGUCGCCAAUCUCCUCUUUCCGAGCUCAUUUACCACCAACAGAGAUCUAUAAAGCCGUUAAAUUCAAUCGAAGAUGUUUCUAACCAGGACUGAGUAUGAUAGAGGUGUUAACACCUUCUCUCCAGAAGGCCGGUUAUUUCAGGUUGAAUAUGCCAUUGAGGCCAUUAAGUUGGGUUCGACUGCUAUUGGAUUGAAGACCAAGGAAGGAGUUGUUCUUGCUGUUGAAAAGAGAAUUACCUCUCCACUCCUGGAGCCUAGUAGUGUUGAGAAAAUUAUGGAAAUUGAUGAGCACAUUGGGUGUGCCAUGAGUGGACUAAUUGCAGAUGCACGUACACUUGUUGAACAUGCACGAGUUGAAACUCAGAAUCAUCGAUUCUCCUAUGGUGAGCCAAUGACUGUUGAGUCCACCACCCAAGCUCUCUGUGAUCUGGCACUGAGAUUUGGUGAAGGGGAUGAAGAAUCUAUGUCUCGACCUUUUGGAGUCUCCCUUCUUAUUGCUGGCCAUGAUGAAAAUGGUCCCAGUCUAUACUAUACGGAUCCAUCAGGCACAUUUUGGCAAUGUAAUGGGAAAGCUAUAGGGUCAGGGUCUGAAGGUGCUGACAGUUCUCUUCAGGAGCAAUACAACAAGGAUUUGACUUUAAAAGAAGCUGAGACUAUUGCUCUUUCCAUCUUGAAGCAAGUCAUGGAAGAAAAGGUAACUCCCAACAAUGUGGAUAUUGCAAAGGUGGCGCCUACUUAUCACUUGUACACCCCUGCUGAGGUGGAAGCUGUUAUUGGUCGCCUAUGAAAUGGGAAGAGUUUUAUUGACAAGUUGUAGACGUUUUCGUUUGGUUUCCUUAAAAAAUGUAUUUUGUACUAAAUUGCCAAGAUUUUAUUAUGUUUCUGUUCAUUUAUGGUAUUUGAACAUGAGAUCCUUUUUAUGAUUGUCAAAAAUCAUGGAAUUAAAAUUGGAGACCUAGAACUUUGUUUAAAAGAUUUAACGAGUGUUGUUGAAAAACA